AUCUGGACACAGAGCAGGCCAAGGAUGAUAGGUCAGUCUGCCUCCAGUUGAACCUCAGGACAGUUCCUCUUCAGGUCUCUCGUCCAGGAUGGCCUUCAAGGUACCCGUCGUUGAGAAGAGUUGCUGUGGCUGCAGCCUCGAGACUGGUACAAAGAUUAUAGGAUUCUUCCAUGUAUUUCUCAUAGGAGGCCUCUUUUUAACAGUAUUCAUAUUCCACAUCGUUGACGAAUACAAAAGGUAUCACAGAGGGGGUGUCAUCUACAAUGACACCUUUAACGCAGCUUUUUUCAGAGACGAGUUUCUGCAGAUGACAAUUUUCGGGAAUCUGGCCUUCUCUGCAUGCCUCCUCUACGGCACGUUUAAGAGAGAUAGUGUCUUCUUUGAACCAUGGUUGGUUUUGAAGACUACAGUUAUCGUCCAAGGGAUCUUCAAUGUAGGAAUAUACAUUGUUGUCCGUGCUAUUGGACACAAGACAUUGGACAUAUUUCUACAACUGUUCAAUGUUGUUCUGGAGAGCUAUAUGUUCAUAGUGGUCCACAGUCUAUACAAAGAGGUCAAAACUAAUGCUCACACCUAGAAAUAAUCUGGAAUGUAUUAAUGCAUGAACUAGUGCCAAAAAAAAAAAAAAAAAUCAAAACAGCUCAUGUGGAAUCCAUGUAUUAUUGACUAGAUUCAUUAUAAUAGUUAGAUUGAUUCUAAUUUUUUUUUUAUUUAUUGAGUAUUA